AUGGCAGAGUGGCUGAGUCUGCGUUGGAUGGUGGACGGCUUGGAGCUUCCACUACCUCGUGGAUACCGUGUGAUCCUUGAGGAGAGUGAUGAGCGAGCGGAAAGACGUGUCAUCCUUGCUGCCGUCGCAAUUCACAAGAAGGCAGCUGAGCAACGGGAUGCUGCCUGGAGCUUCUGGCAGGGUCUGCAAGAAUCCUUUGCGUGCUGCUCCCACCCAACAACGGAGGCUGACAUGGUUGUAUAA